AAGAAGAAUUCUGAAAAUUCUCUCAUCCCCGCUUCUGAACCUAGCCUUCCUUCCUCUGUCUCGAGCUCUCAUCCUCCACGGCCCCGUGUUAAUGCUUUAAUCUGUAACUCUCUUUCCAUUCAGAGGUUACUAUUAUUAACUCCAUUCUCGGCUUUCUUCGAAGCGUUGAGCUAAGGGACUUGAGGACUGAAGACAGAAUCACUAUUUAAGGAGUUGAUUGUUAGAUGUGAUUAUUUGAAGUUGGAGAUUGGAGACUGGAGUGAGACAGGCUUAAAAGGUUAUAGAACUAUGCAAAAUUGAGAAAUCUGAUAUUGAGUAAGAGGAGAGUUUGGCAACAAGUAUACCUGUUAUGGAGGAUUCAGAGCAAAGGAAGAAAAGGCUGAAACAAAUGCGUGUGCAAGCUGACCAAGCUGAAGUUUCUGGUGGCAGGGAAGGUUCUGUGGUGCCCGGUUUUCUCUCAAAUCCCCUGAUUGAAGCUCCUUCAACUAUGCCAUCACGGGAUACAUCAUAUGCUGCUCCAAGGUUUGACUAUUAUACUGAUCCAAUGAGUGCCUUCUCAUCUAAAAGGAACAAUGCCAGUACCCAGGCUGCACCGGAUAAUUUCCCUCCUUCAAAAUUUGGUGGUCCUCCUAUGGCACAAUAUUCAUCACCACAUCCAGAAUCAAAAAAUCCACAGAUGACUCCACAUCCCAUUCAAGCAUCGCCAGCAGCAUAUAGAAACCCAGUUUGGAGUGGACCUGGUGGUCCUGCUCACUAUAACUUUCCGUUACAUCCAUCAAGUGGUGGUACUUAUCCAAGUCCUAGAUUUGAACCAUCGGGUGGUCCAUUAUAUAACACUGCCCAGGGCAUAGCUCACCAGCCCAGUUACAGUCCUAAUCCUCCUUAUCCAGGAUACGUGAACAGUCCUAGGCCCAGUUACAGUCCUAAUCCCUCUCCAGGAUACAGUAACUGCCCUAUGCCCAGUUACAGUCCCAAUCCUUCUCCAGGAUACAGGAACAGUCCUAGCCCUGGUCAAGGGCGAGGCAGGGGUUUCUGGCGCAACACGGGAAGCCCUGUUUCAGGAUGGGGUAGUGGACAAGGACCGAAUUUUCAUGGUCAUCGGUCCAACGAAAACACAGUUCAUGGUCCAGACCGAUUUUACAAGAGGUCCAUGGUUGAAGAUCCAUGGGAGCAUUUAGAACCUAUUAUAUGGAAGGCAAAUGAUGGAUAUUUAAACACUUCACGUGUACCUCUGAAUUCACAACCCUGGAUUUCAAAAGCAUCAAGUACAAAAGGGGAGGGAUCAUCUGCUGCUUCUGUCAAGUCCAGUUCCGAACCAAGCCUUGCUGAGUACUUGGCUUCUGCAUUCAAUGAAGCUGCCAAUGAUGCAGAAAAUGUAUGAUGAUGACAGCUGAUCGUUUCAUGAAGGGCCCUUCAUGAUGUUACAGAGGGAAACGAAUUUCCAACCAGUGAAAAAAAACUGAAUAAAUUACAAGUCAUUUCAUAGAUGAAUGCCAAGGGGGUCAGCUGUUUGGUGUUACUGUUUGUAUUGAUACACCAAACAUCAUGAGAAAAUUUUAGGGAUGUGUUCGGGUUACUUGGCACGGUUUGAUCAGUUGACAUCUAAUUAAUUUUGUACUAUCUGAAAUACACUGUAAAUGUACUAGUGCAGAUAAAAAGUCCUUGCAUAAUUUGACUUAAAGUAGAAACUGCAAAAACUACAAUCACAUGUUGAGCACAGGUAUGGGGUGAAAUCACUCACAGUUAGCAU